CUUAAUAGCUCUGUGUGCUAUGAUUGGAUUGAACAUGAUUCAAACAUCAUAAAAAAAAAUUUUUAAAAAAGAUUUAGUUGAACAGUGUAAGUAAAUAGGUUAAGUAAACAGAUACUUUCUAAUCAUUAGUAAUUUAUUAGCGUAUAAUUGCAUGCAACUUAUCCAGCACCUACCUUUGAAUUAAAUUUAUAACUUAAUAAAUAAGUGUGAUGUUAUAGACUUUUAAUGGAUAUUAUGGUUCGAAUGCAUUUUGUAUAAUACCUACUAAAUGAUUUUUUGUUCUUGAAAUUAACUUACUUAAUUAAUAUUUUAUUUUAUAUUUUUACUUGUUUAUACUGAGGCCGGAUAUUGCGAAGUAUUUCUAAUCGUAAGGAAUGACGUAUUUUGUGUUUCUUGAUUUAGCGGUUUUAUAAUGUUCUGUUUUUAACAAUUGGUGAUGAUGGCAACGUGUCAUAGGCUAGACGCUAAACAUAGUAAUGUUUGAACGCCCCACCAUCAACUCUGGGAUAGAUGGUGUUGCGGUCAUUUUAUUAUCAUAAUAUUAAUUUGCCUACUAUCAAUUACAUUUACCGCCAAAAUUACACAAAGUAGAUACACGAGUACAUGAAUACGUAAAACGCACAUAUCAAUUUAUUAUCAAACUACUUUCGAUAAAUAAUGGUAAUUGGUAAUGAAUAAUAACAUUAUAAUAAUUACAUUAACAAGUAAAAUAAAAUAAAUAAAUAAAUAAUACAUGUUUUUAUAACUUUCACUAACAUUGGAAACAAACAGUAACGUUGAACUUACAUAUUUUCUUCGUCAAACAGUAAUUAGUAGUAAUUAAUUAGUCUACCGUUCGAAAUUAUGAAUUCCGGCGACGAAGAUCUAAAAGCGUUGGCUUUGUUCCUAGAUGCUGAAGUUGAAAAUUAUCCGGAAACGACCCAAAAAAUCAUAAACUCUAAAGAGGAUGUAAUAAAAGACAAUAUUGAGAAUGGUAGUCAACUAACUGAGAAAUCUGGAAAUGCAACUGGAACAUUUAGUGACUUUUUCAAAUCUAUGAAGUCGAAAAUUGUUGAUUUAGACGAAGUGGUAGUUAAAUGUGAACCAAAAAAGAAGUCCAUGCCCAAAAUACCAAAAUUUGGUUUUGAUCCUACAGCAGAUCCUGUGUUUGGCUUAUGUAUGAUCAAUCCAUUAUUGUCAUCUCAGACAAUUCAAGAUAGAAUGAUUGGAAAAAUACCGGUACCCGUCAGCCAAGUGAAAAAACAUCUUAAGUCUGCAGACAGUUCUGAUUGGGUUGUAGCUGGCGUUUUGGUAAACAAAUCUCUUCCCAAGACUUCUCAAAAAGGUUCUACUUUUAGCAUAUGGAAGAUAAGUGACUUAAAAGCAGGUAUGAGUACUGUUACAAUAUUUUUAUUUGGCCGUUCACAUGCUGACUUGUGGAAAACAGACAUAGGAUUUGUUGUUGGAAUACUGAAUGCAAAAGAAUUGGAUGGUAAAGAGAAGAAAGAUGAAGUAGUAUUAUCCAUAAAUAGUGGGGACCAAGUGAUGUUGUGGGGCAGAUCCAAAGAUUAUGGAACUUGUAAAGGAAUUAAGAAAAAUGGAGAUAAGUGUGAUAUGUUUGUAAACAUUAAUAACUGUGAUGUUUGUUCAUUUCAUGUAAAAAGAGAAUAUAUCAAGCAUUGUAGUCAAAGAGCAAAUAUUGGAAAUUCUAGACCAACAGCUGCCAACAGCUUACGAGAUAAAGUAUUAGGCAAAAAUGAGGUGUUUUAUGGUGGUCAAAGUUUUGUAUCUACUAAAUCUAAUCAUUCAAAAUUGAUGAAAGAAGACCAAGUUAAACUUCAACGAUUGAAUCCGGCUAAAAAGCCUGCAUUAAGCCCAAUUGAAUCUCAUACCACACCUCGUACAACUAUUGCUAAUCGUCGAGCUAGUGCUAUUAAAGACUUUGUUAAUGAUAUAAAAACCAAUGAACUAAGUGGGUCCGGAAAAAAAAAUAUUGAUCAUAAAGAAGCUCAAAAAAUGUGUACUUUUAAAGAAAUAUUAGGUAGCUCAGCUAAUCUUAAAAAUUUUAGAUCUAUGCAUCCAAAGUGUGCUAAAGUAAAUGCAUUAAACUGGAUUAAAUCACAUGGACCGAUUCAAAAAGAAAAUCCAAAUUUAUUUGAAAAAAGUAAGGAUGUUGGUAAAAAAAGAAAAUUGCCUGAAGAUAUUGUUUUAGAUAUAGAACAAAAAAAGAAAGUUGCUAUCAAAGAAAAAGUUUCACCAAUAUUUUUGGAACUAAUGAAAGCUACAUCUCAGAACCAAGAUCUUAUUGAUACAGCUCAGCAAGAAGCUGAAGAAAAAUAUUUUGAUCAAAUGGAUAAAAAAGAAAAAAUGGAAUAUAAAAUGAUGAACACAUAUAAGGUGCCAUGCAAAGCUGUACGUUGUCUAGUGUGCAAAUAUACUUGGUUUUCAGCAUCUGAAUGGUGUAAAACUGAAAAACAUAUGCUGCGUGUACUAGAUGCUACUAAAAGGUUUUUCAAAUGUAAUGAUUGCAACUCAAGAAUUACUUGUUUGACAAUGUUCCCUUUGAUUUCAUGUAAAAAUUGCAAUGGUUCAAAAUGGGAACGAGCUCCUAUGAUGAAUUACAAAAAAGUUGAAGAAACUAAUUUAAGUAUUCGUGGAGACGAACAAACAUUCUUAAGCUCUAUGCAACCUAAACUUAGCAUGAGUUUAAUGGUGGCAGAAGAAGAUUGAUUGAUUAUAAAAUAAGUUCAUACUUCCUUUGCAAAUGUAUUGUUUAAUAUAGAAGUUAUUUCAUGAUUUUGAGUAAUAUAAAAUAUUUAAAAUAAUUUAUAUAGACUAUAAUAUUCUUUAAUAUAUUUGUUUAAUUGUAUGCCUACAUGAAAUAUAUUUAUACUCAUACUAACUAAUAAUGAAUUAUUACUAGAAUUAUAACAUUAAAAAAACUGUAAUAAAUAUAUAUGUAUUAUUUUUUAUUUA